AUACGCUAGCAGAACGAUUCCGAACAGCUGUCCUGCUAAAACACAUUUUUCUAUCAUAAUUAAUUGGCGCUAGGCGCAUUAUUAAAUCGUAAGGAGCUACUGAAUAACUAUGACUCGAAAUAGCAUCGACUUGGGCGACGUUACGCCGCAUAACAUAAAACAACUGAAAAAGCUCAAUACAGUUGUGUUCCCGGUCUCCUACAAUGACAAAUUCUAUGUGGAUGUUUUGGAAGCUGGCGAAUUGGCCAAAUUGGCCUACUACAACGACAUUGUGGUCGGGGCCGUCUGCUGCCGCAUCGAUACAACGGAGAACCAGCGUCGCCUCUAUAUCAUGACACUUGGCUGCCUGUCGCCCUACCGGCGCUUGGGUAUCGGCACCGUCAUGUUCGAGCACAUACUGAACUACGCGGAGAAGGACGGCAACUUUGACAGCAUUUUUCUGCAUGUGCAGAUCAACAACGAUGGCGCCAUUGAGUUUUACAAGAAAUUUGGGUUCGAAAUCGUCGACACCAAGGAGCAGUACUACAAACGCAUCGAGCCCGCGGAUGCCCAUGUCCUGCAGAAGGCACUGCGCCGCAACCCACCGAAUGCCAACAACAUCAACACUAGCACUAACACCGCCAACAACCCGAAUCCAAGAAGUAAAGUACGCCAAUACACUUUUGUAUGAAUUUUAAAUAAAUAAAAAUCGCUCCGCCAAUGGCAAAUACUGUUCAGUUGUGCUGUCAUAUCUA